UAGAGCAAGAGGCCUGGAGUCAGCAACACCACAACAUCUGUGAGAAAAGAACAGAAUCUGCUUUUACUCAUUUUUUUUCUUCUCACCACCAGGAUUGUGCUUCGCAUUUGAAGUUUCUUUUUUUUUUACUCAUCACCUGUUGGAGAAGCAGACCAUGUUGCUCAGGUUGGUAUGUUGCAGCUAGAGCCUGUUCUGAAUGUGUUCAACAGCCAACUAUGUUCUCCCUCUGAGGAGAACCUGCGAGGUAUUAGGCACUCCAGGCAGGCUGUGCGGGGGAGUGUCCAUGUCAGCUAAUUUCCCUGGAGCCAGGUCUCAUGGAGCUGCCCAGGACACAGAGAUGGAUGUAGCUUGGCAGGAGCUGAUGGCCAUCACAGAACUGCAGGAGUUUGAAGUCCCCAAUGAAGGCUCCUAUGAAACAACACAAUACCAAACUAUGGAGCCCAUGGUCCCCAUGGGAGGAUAUGGGAUGGCUCAGUCCCAUUCGGAGCCUCCUCCUGCUCCCUGUGAGCUCAGCACUGCGGACACUUAUGAUGGAUGUUACUCUGAAGAGGUGCCUGCGUGUCAUGGUCUGAACAACACAGAGACGAUGUACGCACCCUCUGAAUCUCAACUCAAUCAAAGAAUGCUCCCCAUCUCUUCUCACGCGCAGCCCUCGCACAUGGCUCUGAGGGAACAUAUGAACAUGUCCAGUACUUCCCAAGGGCACAGGAGGGCCAACGCUUGUCUCUCUCAGGAUCUACGUCGGCACAUGCUGUGGACUACACAUGGACAAAGUUCACACGCACGCCCAGCUGAAGAUCUAGAGUCUGACUCAGGUCUCUCUCUGGGGUCCAGUCCACCUUUGGCCUCCCCAGACAAUCCUGUCGGUGGUGCACCAGGUUACCAGGGUGUAGACAUGGGCAUAACAUACAGUGAUGGUGAACCAGACAGCAUGGCAGAGCAAGCCAGAAGAGCACAUGUCCGUUACUCAAUGGACUACCAGGGUCAGUCUCACUCAUAUCUACACUCAGGUGCACAUCCGUCUUUUUAUUCACCCCCUAAUUCAUCUCAGCCUUUAUCUAAUGCUCUGACUCCUCGGUCUGUGAAACAGCAGGGCCAGGCCUCUGCUCUAGGCGACCUGUACAUAGACUCUGGAGUGUCCAGCAGAGGGAGCUCACAACAUAACAUGUACACAAAACCACAAGGAAGCAUCUCCACUCCGGCUCCGCUGAGCAGAGACGAGCGGCGCGCCAUGGCUUUGAAGAUCCCUUUCCCCAUGGAGAAGAUUAUCAAUCUACCUGUGGAUGACUUCAACGAGCUCCUGACGCAGUAUAGCCUGACAGAUAGUCAACUUGCACUGGUCAGGGACAUUAGACGGAGAGGGAAGAACAAGGUGGCAGCUCAGAACUGCAGGAAAAGGAAGCUUGAGAGCAUAAUUCACCUUGAGAGAGAACUGAACCAGCUGCAGGCCCAAAGAGAGCACCUGACGCAGGAAAGGCUCGAGUUUCAGCGCAGCUUGUCUUAUAUUAAAUGUCGCCUUACAGACCUUUACUCAGAAGUGUUUACUCACUUGAGAGAUGAAGAUGGACAACCAUACUCGAUAGAUGAAUACGGCCUACAACAAACACCUGAUGGUAAAAUUUAUUUGGUACCUCACACAACUAUGCAAAAGAGAGAGCACUGCUGAAUAGAUACUCAAUAUUUAAUACCCUUACAGAAGGUGU